GGUGUUUUAUUACGUGCUUUAAAUAUUAUAGUAUUUUGUUUACGUUUAAUUAUUUGACAAACAUAAGCAUCAUAUUGUAUUGUUUUGUUUUAGUAUUUAUCAAAUUUCAAUAAUUUGAUUGUGCUGCGGCAGCCGUGUUUGAACCGUAAAACGUGCCAGGAAUACUGUUUAUUCGACGUGUUCGCGUUGGACACACUGGUCAGACAGGCUGAUUCGUUGAAUACACUUCAUCGCUGGUUCACUUUCUUGGUUUUCAAUCCAUCAUUCAACCGCACGACUGAACGUUUCUCGAGAUGGCCAUCGGUGAUUAUCCCGCUGAAUACAAACCUAAAGUGCACGGGCUCUACGAUCCGGCCCGUUUCUACGGAACGCCGGAUACGCCAUUCUCGCAAGUGAAACUUGGCGAGAUGACUCAGUGGAUUGGACGUCUUAAUAAGUCGCCAUCAGCACUUGCUGAAUUAUUUUCUCGUGCUUACUGGUGAUGGUAUCACAAAUAUGUCCAACCAAAACGUACUACGGUUGUUCCACUAAUCCACAUUAUUACUGGAUCGAUGUUGUUUUUCUACACUAUUAACUAAGGCAAAAUAAUCCGUGGACGUAAUUACCAACAUCACUAAUGGUCGACUAACAAUCGGACUACUGUGUUUAUAUAAUAAAUUAAAAUAAUGUCACAGCCGCAUGUGUUAUAAAUAUAUUAAAAAUAUUUGUAUACGCACAAAAACCAAUAAUAUACUUUUUCAAAAAAAACUACUAAAAUAUGCAAAAAAAACCACAAAUAUAAACUCACUACGUGAUAGAACUCAUUAUUAGUUCACCUAGCUAUAAAUAGUAUAUAUAGAAGAAAUAGAAAACAGUAUGUAAUUUCUAUAACUUGUGGUCCUUAGUCUUAACCAAAGCUCGAAUCUAGUUAUAUUAUAUAAUUAUUAUUUUAUUUUGUCAUCUAAUCAUGUGAUACUCAGAUAGUCAUAUUCGCUUUAGAAUACACUAAUAGUAAUACAAUUAUUAUUAAGAAAAUUAUAUUAUUAAAUAUUUAUUUACCAAAAAAAAAUGAACGUACGGGAUUUUCUGAUGUGACAGAGAACGAACAGGGUUCAAUCAAAUUUUUCUUGGUAAAAAAAUAGACUUUUCAAACUUUUCUGUAAUAUUUUACGCAGUAUAUCUAUCCAUCCUAAAACUACCAUCUUGUAACUAAUACAAUUAUUCUAACAAGUAUAUGAAUCUGUUCAAAUAACCGGAAUAAAUGUGAACUAUGUGUGCUCAAUAAAAUUUUUGAUUUUUGGUACAAUCGUCCGUUUUCUGGAUAUUAUAUACUUUAUUAUUUCAUCAUCAUCAUCAUCACUUAGACCAAAAAUAAUCGAUGAUUGUCGAAAUUAUAUGUUUUUCCAAUUUUUCAUUGUUCUUUAUCAGUUUUGAAUUAACCCGAAAACAAUUACCAUUGAAAAAUGAUUACAGCAUUAUGUAUUAUGAUGUAUAUAAAUUAAUUUUCUUGCUUCUUAUGAUUUUAAUAUUUUACUAUUUUUUUAAUUUAUAUUCUUUUUCUAUUUACUAUUUAUCAAAUAUCAAUACGUCGAAUUAGUAUUUUCAUGAUACCUAACAAUAAAGCCAACAACAGGAGUUCGUGCAACUAUCACUGCGCUCGGUGAAAAAAAACAAGUAUAGCGCAGGAACGUGGAACACGAAAAUGAGAAUUUUAGUAUUCAUUGUAUAUUGUUGGCGAAACAUAAAAAUGUAUGCUAGUUAUAGUAAUCCCAUAGAUAUUACAAACACAUCGACUUCAA